CCUGCAUCGCCAUCUUGCAAUUCUGAGACGCAAGUUUUUGAUAUUUUCAGCUUUUACAAUCAAAAGUUCAAGAUGAGUCAUGGGCAGCCACGGAGGCCUCAAAAUCCUGUCAAAUAUGGCGACAUAUUCAGCGUCUUUGGGGAUCUUGCUAGGAGACCUGUUGCAAAAGAAGAUGCUGCCAUGAUGCAGACGGCUGAGACCACGGUGUUCGGGCAGACCCAGAAGGGAGGACCCGCUGCUGUCAUGCAGUCUGCUGCCGACCACAAUAAGAAAGCAGGUCUCGUCGGUCACCGCGAUGUCACUGAUAUCGCUGGAGACGAAGGUGUCACUGUUAUUGAAACUGCGGUGCCUGGUGCUCGCGUAGUCACUGAAUCAGUUGGUGGACAGAUUGUUGGGCAAUAUACGCAGGCUAGGCCACUGGCACAGACAGUUGCGGCUUCGGUUGUCCAGAAAGGCGCAAUUACUAUUGGAGAGGCACUUGAAGCUACUGCACAAACAGAUGGUGAAAAGCCAGUAGAUCAAAGCGAUGCGGCUGCUAUACAAGCAGCUGAAGUGCGAGCCACAGGGACCAAUUUUAUAACCCCAGGUGGUCUCGCAGCUUCAGCUCAAUCUGCUGCAGCUCGUAAGGAAGCAGCCAACCGUGAAGAAGAAAAAAUCAAGCUCAAAGAAGUUAUCUCGAGUGCAACUGCAAAAUUGCCAGCAGACAAAGCAGUGACUCGACUGGAUGCUGAAGGAGUGAUGAGCGCAGAGCUGAGAAAUAACCCGAAUGUGGCUACACAUCCUGGCGGAGUUGCAGAUUCUAUAGCUGCAGCUGCCAGGCUUAAUGAGAAUGUUAAUGCAUGAUCAGCCGCGUCUGUUUUAGUACAUCUACACAUGUAUUCUAAUAAGAUGUCUGCUUUUACAUUCCGUUUUAAUAUAUACAAACGCCUUUUUAUCUUCUUUGGAUUUA